AUGAAGAAGCUUGGCAACGGGAAAGGGCGGAGGGUUCACCCUGUCCCACCGCCGGGGGCGGCGCUCCCGGCAGCGGUGAUGGCCCUGGCGGCGGUUCUCACCGCAGAGGAUCAGGAGGUGCUGGCGUACUUGCUCUCCGGCGGCAGCGGGAGGUGGAGGGAGCAGCGACGGCGGCGGGCGCACCCUCCGGAGCUGGAGUGCGGAUGCUUCGGGUGCUACAAGAGCUUCUGGGCCCGGUGGGACGCGUCGCCGAACCGGCACGUCAUCCACCGCAUCAUCGACGCCGUCGAAGAGAGCCUGGAGGCCAGGGAGUGCGACCGCGGGGGAGGAGGCCGCCGCCGCAGGCGGAGCGGCCGCGGCGGGAACAAAGGCGCCAUCUUGGCGCCGAACGCGACGGCGGUGGCGGAGGCGGAGGAGGCGGCGGACAGCUUGAGAGUCGAGGGGAAGGGGUCCCCGGCACUGAACGCAGAACACUUCCCGCAUGAUGAUGGUGAUGACUAUGACGACGAUGAUGACGAGGAUGAGGAUGAUGAGCAUGAUGAUGAGGAGGAGCAAGAAAUGAACGAGAGCAACAACAACAACAACAACAAGAGCAAGAACUCCGUGAGAAGAUUUAUGAGUUUUAUUGGGGAAACAGUGUGGGGAGUUUGGAAUUGA